AUGCCGCCUCGCUUAGCCUGCCAUCCUCCAGUGCCGCUGCCCCUGCCGCCCCUGUCGCUGCCGCCCCUGUCGCUGCCGCCCCUGUCGCUGCCGCCCCUGUCGCUGCCGCCCCUGUCCCUGCCGCCUCUGUCGCUGCCGCCCCUGUCCCUGCCGCCCCUGUCCCUGCCGCCCCUGUCGCUGCCGCCCCUGUCCCUGCCGCCCCUGUCGCUGCCGCCCCUGUCGCUGCCGCCCCUGUCGCUGCCGCCCCUGCCGCUGCCCCUACUCCUGCCACCCACCUCUGUCGCUGCCGCCCCUGUCGCUGCCGCCCCUGUCCCUGCCGCCCCUGUCGCUGCCGCCCCUGCCGCUGCCACUCCUGUCGCUGCCGCCCCUGCCGCCCCUGUCGCUGCCGCCCCUGCCGCUGCCCCUACUCCUGCCACCCACCUCUGUCGCUGCCGCCCCUACCCCUGCCACCCGUCCCUGCCACCAAUUGCUACCAAUAAUCAAAAUACCAACCUGUCCAGAAGAUCUGUCACCACCUGUCAUCCCUCCCUGGCCCCUCAGCCCUCCCUGGGCCCUCAGCCCUCCCUGGCCCCUCAGCCCUCCCUGGGCCCUCAGCCCUCCCUGGCCCCUCAGCCCACCCUGGGCCCUCAGCCCUCCCUGGGCCCUCAGCCUUCCCUGGGCCCUCAGCCCUCCCUGGGCCCUCAGCCCUCCCUGGGCCCUCAGCCCUCCCUGGCCCCUCAGCCCUCCCUGGGCCCUCAGCCCUCCCUGGGCCCUCAGCCCUCCCUGGCCCCUCAGCCCUCCCUGGGCCCUCAGCCCUCCCUGGCCCCUCAGCCCUCCCUGGGCCCUCAGCCCUCCCUGGCCCCUCAGCCCUCCCUGGGCCCUCAGCCCUCCCUGGCCCCUCAGCCCUCCCUGGGCCCUCAGCCCUCCUUGGGCCCUAAGCCCUCCCUGGCCCCUCAGCCCUCCCUGGGCCCUCAGCCCUCCCUGGGCCCUCCGCCCUCCCUGGGCCCUCAGCCCUCCCUGGGCCCUCAGCCCUCCCUGGCCCCUCAGCCCUCCCUGGCCCCUCAGCCCUCCCUGGGCCCUCAGCCCUCCCUGGGCCCUCAGCCCUCCCUGGGCCCUCAGCCCUCCCUGGGCCAUCAGCCCUCCCUGGCCCCUCAGCCCUCCCUGGGCCCUCAGCCCUCCCUGGGCCCUCAGCCCUCCCUGGGCCCUCAGCCCUCCCUGGGCCCUCAGCCCUCCCAGGGCCCUCAGCCCUCCCUGGCCCCUCAGCCCUCCCUGGCCCCUCAGCCCUCCCUGGGCCCUCAGCCCUCCCUGGGCCCUCAGCCCUCCCUGGGCCCUCAGCCCUCCCUGGGCCCUCAGCCCUCCCUGGGCCCUCAGCCCUCCCUGGGCCCUCAGCCCUCCCUGGGCCCUCAGCCCUCCCUGGGCCCUCAGCCCUCCCUGGGCCCUCAGCCCUCCCUGGGCCCUCAGCCCUCCCUGGGCCCUCAGCCCUCCCUGGGCCCUCAGCCCUCCCUGGGCCCUCAGCCCUCCCUGGGCCCUCAGCCCUCCCUGGCCCCUCAGCCCUCCCUGGGCCCUCAGCCCUCCCUGGGCCCUCAGCCCUCCCUGGGCCCUCAGCCCUCCCUGGGCCCUCAGCCCUCCCUGGCCCCUCAGCCCUCCCUGGCCCCUCAGCCCUCCCUGGCCCCUCAGCCCUCCCUGGGCCCUCGCAAAGGUUUAUGA